AUGCGUCUCGUACCAGAACAAGCCGUCUCUCAGAUCCUACGCCAGAUGACCCAGGAGCAAUGUUAUGGCUUCAUCGACACAAUGAACCAGUCCCUCGUGGGCGUAUUGUCGGAGUCCAACACGCCCGAGUCAGAAAAGCUCAUCCACCAACCGCUCCGCACGACCUUCAGCCAAGGGGAGAACCUCUCGCUAUUCAUGCCUGUAUCCAGCAGAGACAAUAAAGGAAUCAAAAUCGUCACAGCCAGCAGCAGUGGCAUCAACGGGGUUAUUAACAUCUUCUCCCCAGAGGGAAACUUGGAGGGGCUCCUCAACGCAGCGGAGAUCACAGCCUUCCGCACCGCUUUGGCGAUCAUGACUCUAUUCGUGCGCUGUUCGACACUGAAAAAGGAGAACAUAGUCAUUCUUGGCUCGGGGCGACAGGCAGAAUGGCAUGCUCGUCUAGCGCUAUUACUAGUGCCUGACCAGAUCAGGAGAAUCACGUUUAUCAACCGCGGACGCAAGCGACUGGAGGAGCUGGAGAAUGAGACCAUCGCCUCGCUACGCAUCUCACACCCAAAUGUCGAAAUGACGACUUUCGCGCAGGAAAAUACCCCAGACUACGAUGCACGACUCCGCUCCGAACUCGGGUCGAGCGAUGUCAUCUUUAGCUGCACACCAGCGACACAGCCUAACUUUCCACACGCGUACCUCCAGCAAAGUCAAAAGCAGCGUUUCAUCUCCCUGAUCGGGUCAUACAAGCCCCACAUGAAAGAGGUCGACACGGAGACGAUCCUGUCAGGCGGUGGCAAGAUCUACGUGGACUCCAAGGAAGCGUGUCUGGAGGAAUCUGGGGAGUUGAUCCAGGCCCAGAUCCAGGAAGACCAGCUGGUGGAGCUUGGAGAGCUCUACAAGACGCAUGAUAAAUCGGAGCCCGUGCAGGUGCCGGAGGGAUGCAAUGUGGUGUUCAAGUGCGUGGGGAUGGGGAUUAUGGAUUUGGCGAUUGGAACGAGGGUGAUGGAUCUUGCUCGGGAGCGGGGGCUGGGAAUGGAAGUGGAUGGGUUUUAG